AUGCGCGGCAAAGUCUCCCUCGAAGAAGCCUUUGAGCUCCCCCGCCUCGCAGCUCAGACCAAGGAAAAGGCCGAGCUGUACAUCGCUCCCGCCAACCGCGAGCGCUACUUUGAAGAGAUCCUGAACCCGUGCGGCAACCGCCUCGACUUGAGCAACAAGCACGGCAUCGGCUACACAAUCUACUCGGUCUACUCGCCUGGCCCACAGGGCUACACCGACCGCAAGGAGUGCGAGUCGUACGCCGCCGAGGUCAACGACUUUAUCGCAGGCCAGAUCGCCCCCCACAAGGAUCGCAUGGGCGCGUUUGCCGCGCUGAGCAUGCACGACCCGCACCAGGCGUCGGCCGAGCUCCGCCGCUGCGUCAAGGAGUACGGCUUCCUCGGCGCGCUGGUCAACGACGCGCAGCACGCCGGCUCCGACGGCGAGACGUACAUCUUCUACGACCAGCCCGAGUGGGACGUCUUCUGGGCGACGUGCGUCGAGCUCGACGUUCCGUUCUACCUGCACCCCGAGCCGCCGGUCGGAUCGUACCUGAAGCAGCAGUAUGAGGGCCGCAAGUACCUCAUCGGCCCGCCCGUGUCGUUUGCCAACGGCGUGUCUCUCCACGUCCUCGGCAUGAUCGUCAACGGCGUGUUCGACCGCUUCCCAAAGCUCAAGGUCAUCCUUGGUCACCUGGGCGAGCACAUCCCAGGCGACUUCUGGCGCAUCAACCACUGGUUCAACCACUGCUCUCGUCCGCUUGCCGAGUCGCGCGGCGACGUGUUCGCCAAGCAGCAACUGCUGUACUACUUCCAGAACAACAUCUGGCUCACUACUAGCGGCAACUUUAGUACCGCGACCCUCGGAUUCUGCGCCCAGCACGUCGGCGCCGAGCGCAUCCUUUUCUCCGUCGACUCGCCGUACGAGAAGAUCGACGAGGGCUGCGACUGGUACGACGGCGACAAGGACGCCAUUGUCAAGGCCGUGGGCGGGGAGAAGGCCUACAUCGACAUUGGCCGUGACAAUGCCAAGCGUCUGUUCAAGCUCGGCAAGUUUUACGACUCGGAGGCGUGA